GUCACUAUAUGAGGCAGUUCUAAACAAGGACUAUUUAUAUAUGAUUUAUAUAGCUGCCCAUCUCACACAAGUGACUCCAGGAUGUUUACAAGAGGGGCCAUUCGAAUCUCCAGAAGGAUGCUGUUCCACAGAGCAGGUGAAAGCCAAUGAUUCUGAUCAGGGUGCCAAUGCUGAGAUUGACUAUUCCUUCCAUCAGGCUUCAGAUGUAAUUCACCGGCUACUUCGCCUAGACAGAGCCACUGGACUCAUCACUGUACAGGGUCCUGUUGAUCGUGAAGACAUCAACGUGCUCAAGUUCUCAGUGUUGGCUAAGGACAAGGGAGCUAACCCCAAAACUGCCCGUGCCCAGGUAGUGAUCAGUGUCAGGGAUAUGAAUGAUAAUGCUCCAUCCAUUGAAAUUCGUGGCAUUGGUUUGGUCACUCAUCAGGAUGGCAUUGCCAAUAUUUCUGAAGAUGUGCCAGUUGAGACACCUGUGGCUCUGGUACAGGUGUCUGAUCGGGAUGAGGGUGAAAAUGCUGUUGUAACUUGUGUAGUGGCUGGUGAUGUACCUUUUCAGCUGCGACAAGCCAGUGAUACUGGCAGUGAUAGCAAAAAGAAAUAUUUUCUACAGACCACUACACCUCUGGAUUAUGAAGCAGUGAAAGAAUAUACCAUUGAAAUUGUAGCUGUGGAUUCUGGCAAUCCACCCCUGUCAAGCACUAAUUCCCUCAAAGUGCAGGUGAUGGAUGUCAAUGACAAUGAUCCAGUGUUCAGCCAGAGUUCAACAGAGGUGGCAUUUCCUGAGAAUAAUUCCCCAGAUGACUUGGUAGUAGAAGUGAGUGCUACAGACGCAGAUAGUGGAUCUAAUGCUAAACUGGUCUACUCUCUAGCUGGAGAAUCUUUAUCAAAAGAUAUCUUCUCAAUUGAUCCAGAAUCUGGUGAAAUCCAUGUAAAGAAUGUGCUGGACCGGGAACAGCAAGAACGCUAUGAAUUCUUGGUAGUUGCAACUGAUAAGGGUAGCCCUAGCCGCAAGGGAACUGCCUCAAUUGCCAUCAAUGUCAUGGACCGCAAUGACAAUGAUCCAAAAUUCAUGCUAAGUGGCUAUAAUUUUUCUGUGAUGGAAAACAUGCCACCCUUGAGUCCAGUGGGCAUGGUGACAGUUAUUGAUGCAGACAAAGGAGAUAAUGCUGUCAUUCAACUCUCAGUGGAACAGGACAAUGGUGACUUUGUAAUCCAAAAUGGUACUGGAACCAUUCUCUCCAGCAUAUCUUUUGAUCGUGAACGGCAGAGUACUUACACUUUCCGGCUUAAAGCUGUGGAUGGGGGUGACCCACCUCGAUCUGCUUAUGUGGGGGUGACAAUCAAUGUGUUAGAUGAAAAUGACAAUGCUCCUGUAAUUAUAUCUCCAUCCAAUGCUUCCUAUAAACAUAUUCUACCCAACACUAGUCCUGGGCAGCAGGUCAUGAGUGUUGGAGCUGAAGACAUUGAUUCUGGGAUUAAUGCCGAACUACUAUUUAGAAUUGCUGGUGGAAACCCCUUUGAGCUCUUCAAGAUUUCAUCUGUAAGUGGAAAUAUCACACUAGAAAAAGAAAUUCUCCGCAAGCAUCAUGGACUUCACCGCUUGGUUGUACAUGUAAAUGACAAAGGGAAGCCUUCUCACCAUGGCACAGCAUUAGUUCAUUUUUAUGUUAAUGAAACACUGGCUAACCGGACACUGCUGGAGACCCUAGUGGGACACAGCUUGGACACACCUAUUGACAUUGAUAUUGCUGGUGACCCAGAGUAUGAGCGCAACAAGCAACGCAGUAAUAUUUUGUUUGGAGUAAUUGCGGGCAUAGUAGCUGUCACCUUGAUUAUUUUGCUUGUCGUGCUGGUGCGCUAUUGCCGUCAAAAGGAAGCCAAAAGUGGCUAUCAAGCUGGCAAAAAGGAAACUAAGGAUCUAUAUGCUCCCAAGCAAGGUAGCAAAGGGAACAAAGCCAAAAGCAAGGUGAAAAAAAGCAAAUCCCCUAAGCCACCAAAACCAUCUGAGGAUGAAGAAGAAACAGGUCUGCAGAAAUCCCUUAAAUUCAACCUUAUGAAUGAUUCAGUUAGUGACAGUCCCCGCAUCCACCUGCCUCUUAAUUAUCCACCUGGAAGCCCUGACUUGGGCCGCCAUUACCGCUCCAAUUCACCUUUGCCUUCCAUUCAGUUGCAACCCCAAUCACCAUCUGCCUCCAAGAAGCAUCAGGUAGUACAGGACCUCCCAGCCACCAAUACAUUUGUGGGCACUGGGGACAGCAAUUCUACAGGCUCGGAGCAGUAUUCAGACUACAGCUACCGUACCAACCCUCAGAAAUACACCAAUAAACAGGUAGGAGAGAUUGUGCUGCACCCUCCCACCAUCCCCUCAUGCUACAGCAGGGCCAUAUGGACAGAGGUGUGGGAGUGAAAUGGACUUGGCCCACUUUGCAUGAAUGGAUUGGCAUAAUGCAGGUUGAAGGCCUGCAGUGUCCAGAUGCAUGUUACAUUCAUAGGACUGCUUAGAAAAGGCAUCAUUCAGCACAGCAAAUUAAGGGAAUAAGUGUGUGAGAGUAGGGAGAAGAUUGCAUAGUUGAGGUAAACCAGAGUAGGCUGAUUGCAUUUAGGAAAAUGAAUCCUGACACUUGCGUGGAACAUAAAGGGUUUGGGUUGUCAGUGGUCAAUGAUCUAUGCAUCAGGAUGCGUUCAGUUCUAAUUUUUGGUGCUCAUUACUAUAAAACAGGCUUUAAAGUCCUGCAGCUGAGUCUUUGUUUAUGUAUCCCAUAUUCCAGCCAUAUUUCCAUACAGAUAUCCAGCACUGAUUUCUUCUGUAGGAAUUUGAUGGCAUUGGAGCCUUAGUACAUUUGAAGACAUGGUAUGGUAAAAUUGAACAUUCUCAGUGGAGUGACAUGGGCUAUGGAUGUAAGAUUUUUGCAUGCAGAAAUGGUAUUGACUCUACAGCUAGGAUGGUGUGGGGAGUCUUUGCUGAGGGGAAGUUCUCUGGAAUAUGUAAAAGGUUAGAUUAUGAGCACAUGCAGAGCAAAGGUUACUGCUGCGGGAAUUCAAAGGAAGGAAAGCUAUCUCCUACAAAAUGUUCUGAACUGUAUGAUAGGGAACUUGGCCGUAUAGAGAAGUGAUAUAUGGUUUGCAAGUUGUAUAGCAUCCUGGAAAUAUUAUUAAGCAGUAAGGUUUUGGUGGAUACAGUUUUAGAUGCCAUGCUUCAAACUGGCUGCAGUUAGUUAUCAAUUUUUUUAAAAAAUGAAACAUUCAGGGAAUAGUGUUGAUCUUCCUUCCAUUGUAUCAUUAAUUCCUUUCUUUUGGGGCUUAUAUAUGCUAAUUUUCCUUCCCAGCUUUGUUCAGGUAAAGUUAUUUUACCUGUUAUGUGAUUUCAAUAAAUGUUUCCAUUGUUGGCUGGUGUGUGAUGAUCACUGACUUUUGUGUAGCAGUCUAUAGAGCAGUGGUGGGGAAGCCAAAUGACCCGGGGGAGGGGGAGAGUGGUCAUGAUGACAUUGCUUUUGGAGGUUGUUUCAGCAAAUGAAAUUAUGUUACAUUUUUGCAGUUAUUACAAGUCCAAGGAAAUAGAAAAAGCAUAUCAAAGGAACCAAUAUGAAAUUCACCCAAACACAUCACAAUCAAAUUGGAAUGGAGUUAUCACAGAAAAUUUUAUUUUUGACGUUAUCAGAGAGAUUUAAUGUACUGAUUAAAAACAAAAGGUGGUUUCUGUCUUUUUACAAUUACUUGCAUUUCUUAAACUACCUCAGGGCACAGAAAUUAUAGUAGUGAUUUCAUACAUAUUGUAGGUACUUACAAUGUCUGUAAGAUCUUAUUGUCAGGAUUUUUUAGAUUUUUU